CAUCACAACUUGCGGCGCCCACCAUCCGCCACACUGUACCACCACCUUUUGUUGCGACUACGACUCUCGAAGAUAGAAGCUUAAAAAAAAGUCGGUCCACUUGAAACUUAGCUCGGAACUCCUAGAGUUGAAGCUGACGCCGCUGGUCCUAGAGUCUGCUGGUCACUUAUUUUACCGCAUGAAAGCCACUACUAACCACGGACUCAUUUCGCUUUCUCUUGCCGUCGCCAACCUCCGAAGCACUCAUCGCAGCACUGUCCAUCUGUGAGAGCAUUACGUCAUACUUUACACCUCCGACGUGUCGUAGUAGUAGCAUCCGGCAUCACACUAGCGUCUACUUCACGCUAAAGUAUCCGGCGCACAGAAUGGCGAUGCGAAGGCUCCACGGUCCUCUCCUCCUCGCGGCGGUGCUGCUGCUCAGCGCUCUCGUCGCGGCGCGCGCGCAGUAUUCCGGGGCCGACGCCUUAAAACGAAUCGAGGCUGCUCUUAGGAGGAAUAAAAUGACGACCACGAUCACGUAUAUGAGGGAGUGUGGCUUCAACGACACUCUUGCAGGGAAGCUGCCUACAGCGACGACGACUCUGCUGCUGCCGAUGAACGUGGGGUGGAACAAGCUCAGCGCGGCCACACACAACCUGAUCCGCAAGGACACCAAGAAGAUGUGGCAAGUGUUCGCAUAUCACAUGAUCGCCGGCCGUUACAUGUACAAGCAGCUCGCGAAGAUUCCAUUCAACACUCUGCUGGCGACUGGACACGACAGUUUCAAGGUGAUGCGUUUCCCCACGAAGCUUGCCCAGUUUGGCAAGCCGGGCACGCAGGUUGGCGCGUACGUCAAGGUGAACAAUGUUUACCAAGACGUCCACGUGGCGAUUCACGGGGUCAACAAUGUCAUGAUUCCCGAAUUCACUCCGUAGCUGCAAGGACUUGCACACAAUCGCCUUUUAGUAGAAGGGAUUUGGUUGUUGUACUUAUAACCACACUCGCAUUGCUGGAGGUGUGUGCAGAUGCUGCUGCGGUGGUUGUGGCAUGAA